UGGUUCAUUGUAUAUCAAAUUUCGCGAAAUCAGAAAAUUCCGUAAAAAAUGUUUCACUUUGUGUAGCACCACUUUUUCAUAAUUUUGCUCAGAAUCACAACCACACUACACCAGAUAAACCAAAAAUUGUGAUCUCCGAAAAUUCCAUCACAAGAGUUUUUCUUUUGUAGGAUUGACAAGCAAAGGGGUUUUAUGAAGAUUUUUGAGUAGAUAAGAUGCUAUGGCAUUGCAAAAAAUUUCCUUGUUGCUUUGAGUAGUAAUGUAUGAUAUUUCUGGUGCGCUUUACCUUGACGAAAUGGGUUAUGCUAUGAGUAGAUUAGAUGUGGAAUCUAGUGAAUGUGAAGGUGGAAAUGCCAUCCAUGAAAGUUCUAGUAUUGGACAAAGUAAAAGGGCGUUUAAAAGUUUAGACAAUGAAAUUGCUCAAAUAACUAAGUUGAAAUCAACACCUCAUCAAUUGUUAAUACAUGAUGGAUCUGGAAGGAAAGAGUUGCCUGUUUCCCCAGUGAAGAUGCUGGCAGGUCGGGAGUUUAAUUGUUCGGGGCGGGGAAGAUUUUCUUCCGCUGAUCGGUGUCAUCUGUUGAGUAGAUAUUUGCCUGUAAAUGGUCCUUGGCUUAUCGACCAAAUGCCUAGUCGAGCAUAUGUGUCUCAGUUUUCUGCUGAUGGUUGUCUUUUUGUUGCUGGGUUCCAGGGAAAUAUCAUAAAAAUAUACAAUGUGGAUAAAGGUUGGAAAGUUCAAAAAAAUAUUCUAACCAAGAGUUUGAGAUGGACAAUCACUGAUACUUCUCUUUCCCCUGAUCAACGCAGUCUUGUUUAUGCCAGCAUGUCGCCCAUUGUACACAUUGUAAAUGUUGGAUCUUCAGAAACUGAGUCACUAGCAAAUGUGACGGAGAUCCAUGAUGGUUUAGAUUUUUCAUCAAAUGAUGAUGGAGGCUACUCUUUUGGAAUUUUCUCUGUGAAAUUCUCGACAGAUGGGAGGGAAUUAGUAGCAGGAACUAGUGGUGAUUCUUUAAUUGUAUACGAUCUUGAAGCAAAUAAGGCUUCGCUUCGAAUUUUAGCACACGCGGCUGAUGUAAAUACUGUAUGCUUUGCUGAUGAAACCGGCCAUCUUAUUUACUCUGGAAGUGAUGAUAGUUUCUGCAAGGUCUGGGACCGGCGUUGCUUAAAUGCUAAUGGCAAGCCAGCAGGGGUUUUGAUGGGGCACCUGGAGGGCAUUACAUUUAUUGAUACUCGUGGAGAUGGACGCUAUUUCAUUUCUAACGGUAAAGAUCAGACCAUAAAACUUUGGGACUUACGCAAAAUCUCGUCCAAUGUUACCUGUAAUCGUGGACAGAGAAGUUUUGAAUGGGAUUACAGGUGGAUGGAUUACCCGCCGCAAGCAAAAAACUUGAAUCAUCCUUGUGAUCAGUCAGUUGCUACAUAUAGAGGACAUUCAGUCUUACGCACUCUCGUCCGCUGCUUUUUCUCCCCAGCUUUUAGCACUGGCCAAAAGUACAUCUAUACCGGAUCACACAACGCAUGUGUUUAUGUAUAUGAUUUGGUGACUGGAGCACAAGUUGCAACACUGAAGCACCAUAAAUCACCUGUAAGAGAUUGUAGUUGGCACCCCUUCCAGACUAUGCUUGUAAGCUCUUCUUGGGACGGGGAUGUUGUAAAAUGGGAAUCUUCUGGGAGCUCUGAUGUAGCAGCCUCUUCGGUUAAGAAAAGGGCAUACAAAAGACAUUUUUUUCAAGAUUACCUAUGAUGACGCCAGCUAAAUCGAUUAUGAAUAAUCUGAAAGGUCCAUAACAUGUUGAUAAUGAAGUUGUAUAUGGUGUUUGAUAUAAUAAGGUAUAAUAUAUUAUGAACUAUACCAGAUAAUCUUGUAUAUAAGUAAUAAACAACCACUUGAAUUAACUGUGGGAUCGAUUCAUUUGUAUGCCAUGUUUGUAAUAAAUUUGUUAUAUAGUGUACCAAUGCAUCAUUAGUGUCAAAA